UGUAAAUCUGGGUGGUGCUCACUGGUUGUGAAAUCAUGCAAAAUUGGUAACACUGCAGUCAAGUGGUGCGGAACUCCAGGUAGUACAGCAACUAAAACAAUCUACACGUUAAUGACACUUCUAUUAUGUUCUUUUUGUACCAAGAACGAAUUAUAACAACUUUAAGUUCUUAUUUUCUGCACCGGUGUCCGUUUUGCUUGAAUUGUUCUGCUUAAAAGGUAUAUUUUCUGCAGCUACAGUAUCGUAUUCAAGGGAAACUCAAGCAUGCAGCUCAAGACCUAUUGCCUGGUUUUCAUGAUAAUUGCGUUGGAAGCAUUUUCAUAAGUUUGAUCUUGAGACCUGGCAUUAUCGAGUCAAUGAUUUUGUUUACGGAUGAAAAAAAACCUACUACCCCUGUUGAUUUGCACUUAAAACUGAAACCAUUGAAUAAAUUAAAAUUUCUCUCUCCAUAUGGAAGUGACUGGACAUUUGGCAGAAAUGCCUGCAGCUGUAGAAGUUUGAAUUCAGGCAUGUUUACAUAUGAUAAAUUUAACGCUGGGAACGAUAAUUUGGCAAUCAAAAACCGAAGAGGAUUACAAUAUGAACAAUAUAAAAAAAGAAAUGAAUUGCCUGCAAAGAAGGUUAUUAUUGCACAACCCCAUUCUCCUCUGAGCUACCCUACCCAUGGAGUUGAAGUAAAGCCACUCUACUCUAUUCUCAUCCCAGGCCUAGCUGUGCAUGGCAUGGAGGGAGAAAACAAUACAGUCAAACUGACAGCGACUCAAGGGGUAUUCAAUACAAUUGUUGAAACUCCUGAUGGUGUCGUACAUGGAUCGGGUGAAAAAGAAUUGACAAUAAGAAGUCCAAGUUUGGCAAUCAUCAAUAAUAUCCUCAAACAUGUAACUUAUACAAACAAAAAGUACCAAAUUGCCUCUACUGAUUUAGUUUCUUUUCAGUUUGAAGAAUAUACUGCUGAAUUUACAAUCCUCAUCAGAGUGCCCCCAAUGAUUCGAUUAUUUGACCCUGGACCAGAUAAUAGCAUCGACUCCUUGGUGACAAUAGUGACAAAGACAUUCUUCAGAUAUCAUAAGCUUCGGAUUUUAAUAAGUAGUAUUCGAAAAUUUUACCCAAAAAUUAUGAUAAUCAUUGCAGAUGAUAGUAAAGUUACGGAAAAAAUUGAAGGACCAUACAUCCAGCAAUACAUAAUGCCAUUUGCAAAAGGAUGGUUUGCUGGAAGAAAUUUAGCAGUAUCUCAGGUUACAACUAAAUACCUUCUUUGGGUGGAUGAGGAUUUUGUAUUUACAAAAAAAACAAAACUGGAAAAACUGGUAGAAGUAUUGGAGAAGACAAACUUGGAUCUGGUUGGUGCCCCUGUGAAUCAGCAGGUGUUCACGUUCAAGCUUUGGUACGAAGAAGGAGAUGAUGAAGGGGACUGUGUGUUUUCCCAGUAUGGUUCUUUUCACCCACUGGAUGGAUUUCCAGGCUGUGUGGUUACCAGCAUUGUGGUGAACUUUUUCCUGGCCAAGACAGAAAAAGUACAGAGUGUUGGGUUUGAUCCUCGAUUUGCAAGAGUAGCUCAUACAGAAUUUUUCAUUGACGGCAUUGGAAGUUUGCUUGUAGGAUAUUGCACAAAUGUCAAAGUUGGCCAUCAGAAGAAAGGAGCAGGAAAUAAAGCGCUGAAUGAAGUUGAAAAUAAAUAUGCUGCUUUUAGGCGUUUAGACAGAAACGAAUUCCGAUCCCGUUUGGAUAUGACCUAUUUCAAAAAUCGCCUUAAAUGUUACACCCGGAACAGAGUCUGAGGGACUCAAUUGUAU